GUUUGACCUCAACUCAAAGCCAAGCAGCGUUGUACUCACACACGACACAAAUACACGCCAACGCAACUCACGGCAUAGCACAGCACGCAUAAACGAACUCAGAUUUCAUUCUCUCUCGCACUUUCAUUCUCCAACUUCUUUAUGCUAAUCCCCUUCCCCUCUCAUCACUUUUCUCUUUCACCACUCAAGAUUAUUUUCAUCGCCCAACACAAACAUGACACGAACUAAUGGGAAUGAUGCCAGAGCCGUUAACAACACUUUCGAAACUAUAAACGCUGCUGCUUUUGCCAUAGCCUCUGCCCAGAAUCGCGUUAUUCAACCUCCUUCCCAGAAGAAAAGAUGGGGAAACUGGUUGAGCAAAAUUGGGUGUUUUGGAUAUCAGAAAAACCGAAAGCGCAUAGGGCAUGCUGUGCUUGUUCCAGAAACAAUCCCCAAUGGAGCUGAUCCUGCUGCAGCUGUUAGUUCAACUCAAGCGCCUAGUAUAACACUUCCCUUCGUUGCGCCUCCUUCGUCACCUGUAUCUUUCUUUCAAUCAGAACCUCCUUCAACUGCACAAUCACCAGUUGGUAAAUUAUCUCACACUUGUGUGUCUGCCAGCAUGUACUCUCCUGGUGGCCCUGCCUCAAUCUUUGCCAUUGGCCCUUAUGCUCAUGAAACUCAAUUAGUCUCACCACCUGUUUUCUCAGCUUCCUCCACUGCUCCUUUCACUCCACCGCCCGAAUCCGUCCACAUGACCACGCCUUCUUCGCCCGAGGUUCCAUUUGCUCAGCUACUAGACCCCAAUAGGAACGGUGAAACCUUUCAGAGGUUCCAAAUAUCUCACUAUGACUUCCAAUCCUAUCAGUUUCAUCCCGGAAGUCCUGUUGGUCAACUGAUAUCACCAAGAUCUGCCAUCUCAGCUUCCGGCACCUCAUCUCCACUCCCUGACUCUGAAUUUAAUGCCACUUUCUCCCAUAUCCUUGAUUUCCAAAGAACAGACCCUCCCAAGCUUCUCAACUUAGAUAAACUAUCUGCUUAUGAAAAGCAAAAGUCAAACCAAGGUUCUGGAUCUUUGACCCCAGAUGCUGCAAGGUCCACAACUCAAACUGGUUUUCUUUCAAAUCAUUGGGUUUCUGAGAUCAAAAUGUCUCCACAUCCAAGCAAUAAUCGCCUGAGUGAGAUUAGUAUAAACCACAGGGUUUCAUUUGAAUUAUCCUCCCAAAAAGUAUUGAAAUCUCUUGAGAACAAGCCUGCAGCAUCAGCAUGGACUAAGGUCCUGUCAAAACUGAAAGAUGAUGCAGCAACAGCUGACAAAGAAGAAAAUUCUGUAGAAACAGAGCGUGAUGACAAACAAGUCCUUGCUGAAAAUCCCAAUGAUCAACCACUGGAAACCACAUUGGGUGGAGAUAAGGCAACAGUUAAUGAGAAGGAUCAGUCCUUGACUCUUUCUUCUGCUAAAGAAUUCAAUUUUGAUAAUGCAGAUGGAAGAGAUAAUGUAGUUGCUGAUUGGUGGGCUAAUGAGAAAGUUGCAGGGAAGGAGGGAGGGGCCUCCAAGGAUUGGUCCUUUUUCCCAAUGAUUCAACCUGGUCUCAGCUAACCAAUAAGGACUCACACUAUGGCUUCUUGUUCACCAAUUUGGCAUUGGUUUUUAAUUUUGUGCCAUGCUACAUGCUAUAUUCAAUCAUGGUAAAUUAAGAUUUGGAAGUCUAACACAGUGAUGGGGUUCUUUUUUGAACUCAAUGGCCCCGAAUAAAAAAAAUAGUGAGUUUGCUUAAUAUAUCUAUUGUAGUUGUUACCAAGUUUGGGUUAGAAAUAGCUGUACAUUUUUAGCAUAUGUACCCUCUAUGAUUAUAUAUGUAAUAUAGUUGACUGUGAUUAUAAGUUGACUAUGAUGGUCAUAUAUUAAAUAGCCAAAGAUGAUGAUUGUUUUGAUUAUAUGGAUACACCAAAUUUGAACCUUGGUCCAAAUUUGUGCGUGAGUCCAAUCUUCUCACUCAGAGUCACAGGAAACUUUGAAAGUGAAUGUUGAUACGAGAAUUGUUCUCUUUCAGAAAAUAAAGCUUUAAAAUAUUUGCAACGCGUUCGACCAAUGUUGGCACUAUGCAACAUUUGCAUUUCACUCGAGGAAUCAGAAAUUUUCCGAGUGUUCAGAUUUGCUAUAGUUCAAUACAGAAUUGACCGAUCCAACUAAUUAAUAAUAGGGAGACAGAUUCCCAAAAUUUGGACUACCAUGUUCUAGAGUGAAAGACAUGUUUCCCCACAUAAACAAUUCUACUCUUUGGGUGCAGUCAAAGUUCAUAAAAAGUUAACGAAAAAAGUGUGAAUGAGAACUUGACGACUAAGAUGGUUGUCUAGUAAUACUUCGUAGUUGAACGAAAAAAGUUACGAUUUAGGGUGUUUAACCUGGCCUGUUUUUAUUUAUUUUUUUUCUCUCUAAUUUUUGACAAAAAAUAAGUUCGCUUUUUUCAAUUAGUUUUUGCUCCAGUGGUAGCUUGAAAGACUGAAAAAAAAAAAAAUAGUUACAUUAA